GAUGCCGGGAUGUUUAUACUCCUGACAGCAGCGGCCGCGGGAGGAGGAGCGGGAGUCUUGGGAGGAUGGGCCACCGCUAAGCUCGCGCUCCGGACGCGCCUCGCUGUGCACAGGGUGGGUCCCCGUGCCUGCAGCGUCCGCGGGGGCGGCGCGGCGGGAGGUGGCCAGCGCUCCGGGCCUAGCAGCCACAGCCCCCGGCCCAGCGGGCCUGUGCGCGGCGCCGCCUGGCCGAGCCGCCCGCCCGCCCCGGGUCCCUCGCCGGCCGGAGAACGGAGAGCUCCCCGCUUCUUGAAACAAUUGCCUUGGGGUGAAUUUCUCCCUGACGUGACUCGAGGCCAGUUCCCCCAGGUCCCGGGGCUGGGCCCCUCCUCCGGCUCCUGGAAGAGUUUGAGAAGCAGCGUGUUACACACACGUCAGAACUCGGUUCCUUUCCUCUCCGGGGGGAGCAAGAAUCUCUCUCUGUGGGGACCUUCCAUCUCUGCCAAAGGAAAGAAUGAUUCGGUGUUGACUUGGCCACUCUUAACGGCCUUUGGAGGCUGAAAGCCCUGUUCAGUGAAUGGACACCGUGGGGGAGAAGUGAGGACCAUCGCGCUUCUGAGAGCACGUCCUCAUCGGGACAGUCCUGCGGCAGAAAUAAUGGAAGAAUGACAACCCCCCCCCCCCCCACUGCCCCCAUGCCCAAAACAGGGCUGCUGGUGGCGAGAGCUCAGAAGAAGUGGCGUUCGUUUCAUCCACAGCCUGGACAGUGCCCGAGGUUGACUCAUUGGGCUGCCUUUGGUUUCCCUCCUUCCUUCCUUUUCUUCCUUCCUGUUUUCUUUUAUAGAUCCUUUCUUUUUCAAAGAUCCUUUUCAUGAAAGUAGCGGUGUUUGUACCUUGAUGAUACAGUAGAGAGCUCUGAAGAGUAAACAAAAGAAGAAUGAGUAAGGAGAACCUCACUGAGACCACAAGGAGGUGUGUGGGAAGCAGGAUGAUUUCAGAGUUCUGAAGUUCCUGUUGCUUCAGACGAUGGAUGAGCAAUCACAAGGAAUGCAAGGGCCACCUGUUCCUCAGUUCCAACCGCAGAAGGCCUUACGACCGGAUAUGGGCUAUAAUACAUUAGCCAACUUUCGAAUAGAAAAGAAAAUUGGUCGCGGGCAAUUUAGUGAAGUUUAUAGAGCAGCCUGUCUCUUGGAUGGAGUACCAGUAGCUUUAAAAAAAGUGCAGAUAUUUGAUUUAAUGGAUGCCAAAGCACGUGCUGAUUGUAUCAAAGAAAUAGAUCUCCUUAAGCAACUCAACCAUCCUAAUGUAAUUAAAUAUUAUGCAUCAUUCAUUGAAGAUAAUGAACUAAACAUAGUUUUGGAAUUAGCAGAUGCUGGUGAUCUAUCCAGAAUGAUAAAGCAUUUUAAGAAACAAAAGAGGCUAAUUCCUGAAAGGACUGUUUGGAAGUACUUCGUGCAGCUGUGCAGUGCACUGGAGCACAUGCAUUCUCGACGAGUCAUGCACCGGGAUAUAAAACCAGCUAAUGUGUUCAUUACAGCCACUGGGGUGGUCAAACUUGGAGAUCUUGGGCUUGGUCGGUUUUUUAGCUCCAAAACCACAGCUGCACAUUCUUUAGUGGGUACACCUUAUUACAUGUCUCCAGAGAGAAUACAUGAAAAUGGGUACAACUUCAAAUCUGACAUCUGGUCCCUUGGCUGUCUACUGUAUGAGAUGGCUGCGUUACAGAGUCCUUUCUAUGGCGACAAAAUGAACUUGUACUCGCUGUGUAAGAAGAUAGAGCAGUGUGACUACCCACCUCUUCCUUCAGAUCACUAUUCAGAGGAGCUGCGGCAGUUGGUGAACAUGUGCAUCAACCCAGACCCAGAAAAGCGACCAGACAUCACGUAUGUGUACGACGUGGCCAAGAGGAUGCACGCCUGCAUGGCCAGCAGCUGAGCGCAUGGACGGCAUGGAGGACGUAAGCAACACGAGUUCAAGUAUUUCUGUGCCAAUCAUACCUCCCUGUUCUUGGGUGUUAAGAUUAAUAUUUCAGAGCUAGUGUGCUUUGAAUCCUUAACCAGUUUUCAUCUAAGCUUCAUUUUGUACCAAUUUAAGUCACCUUCUUGCAAACCCCAAUGACUUUGGAAUAAUCAGAUUGCGUGUUAGGAGAGCAAACGGAACAUGAUGGUUUUUAAUGGCUAAAGAUUUUUAGAAUUAUUUUGAGUUUUGUGCUGAUAAGUCGUGUUCAGAUAGACUCUCAGUGCCAAUUGUUGGUGGCUCAGCUUGGCCCCGUUGGGACAGACGUGCAGCCUGAGGAAGGUAUUUGAACAUGUGCCUUGUGUGCUGCUCUCCAGUCAUUUAUGGAUGUUUGAGAUGAACACAGUUGUGAACUUUUGUGAUUAUUUUAUUUUUAGAAGUUUGAAGUAUGUGUUUUAGUUCUUAGCAUUGUAGCUUUCAAAUAGGAUUCUUAAAGAUAAAUGUAGACAUAUGAACUAUUUGAGAAGCAUUUUAAAACUCUUAUAGAUUUAAAAUAGCUUAUACAUUCAAAAUGCAACUAUUAAAUGUGAAAAGAUUUGGGGAUAAAAUGUGAGUCAGACACUGAAGAGUUUUCUGCUUUAUUUUGUUUUAUUUUAAUAUCUUUGAAAUUCUCCUUGCAUUAAAAUGGUAUAAAUGAAUCCAUUUAAAAAGUGGUUAAGGAUUUGUUUGGCUGGUGUGGUAGUAGUUUUCCAAGUUGCACAUUGCCCAAGGCUUUUUUGUGUGUUUUUACUGUUGUUUGUACAUUUGAAAAAUAUUCUUCAAAUAAUCCUGCAGUACUAUUUUCAAUUUCUUUAUAAAUUUAAAUGCUCUACUCAUUGUACACUAUAGUGUAAGCAUAUGUUUUUAUUCAUAGAUUUUAUUGAAGUUCUGAUUGAUCCCCUUCAGAAAUUUUUUUUUAUUCUUCAAGUUACUUUCCUAUUUAUAUUGUAUGUGCAUUUUAUCCACUAAUGUUUCAGAUUUUCUGACAACAUAAUAACCUUAAAAAAAAUAUUUGAUAUACCAACACUUUUCCUGGAUUGAAAACAUUUUUUUUCAAUUUUGAAAAUUUGGGCCACUGUGUACGCAUGUGCCUUGUCUUGUUAGGAAGAGGGAUGUGCAUUGUACUGUAGCUGUGAAUGUCGAUACUGUUUCAAUUCAUCCAACAAGGUUGUAACUUUAGAAUAUGUUUAAAGAAAUGAAACCUGGCCACUACCACAAACAAACAGCAUUUUUAUAAACAUUUCUAUUGAGAAGCUUUUAGGCAAAGUACUGUAUUCAUGCAUAAAGAUAACAAAGGUGGUAACACUUCGUUUAGUUUAAGGAAAUGGGCAGAGUUUAGUAAAUGCCGUCGUGGAGAUGUUUUCCCUGAAUGCCUUCAUGUUAAUGGUGACCAGCUCCUCCCAGAGUUGUGAAGCCAAAAGGCGCGUGGCAGUCACUGCCUAAGGACGCCACGCCACCGUGUAACCUUGGGACAAUAAUCCUGCCAACAGGAAACCCUCAUCUUCAGAGAACACCUACCUUUAGCCCAUGUAACUGCUGGUUUUAUUUUUUUCCAUAGAAGUAUUUUUCUUACAAUCAUUUGAAUACUUCCAAGUCAUUUGUAAACUUUAAAAAUGUACAAAGGGCAAAAGUGUAAACUUUUUUUCUAAAUUUAGUCAGCUACAGUAUCUUAAUCAGUUGUGAAUGGAGGGUAAUUUUAUCCCGGGACAGGCAGAGGAGAGCUGGUCAUUCUGUAUGUGAGGGCCGGGCAUGACGUUUCUCCCAGAUUCUGGUGACUUUGACCACACUGGACGCCUGCACCCUCCUCUCCAGAGUGACGAGGGGAAUUGUUUCUGUUGACCGUUAGUGUCAUGUUCAUUUUAAAUGUAAUAUGAUUCACGGAGAUGAAAUGUUCUCUAGUUGGAACAGAUACACUCCUUUUUCUUGCAGUCUUUAAAGAUACAUGGAUCUAAAAGUCAUCAGCUUAACCCCUCACAGGACUUCUAAGCAAAGAUUUAAACUUUUCUUUUAAGUGAAUCUAUCUGCUGGAAGGAAAUAGUUGGGAAGAAUUUAUUGAUCAGGGAAAUCCAUUAUUGUUUUCUACAUAUGGAAACUUUUUGUUUUGGAUAUUGUAUCUUUAUCUAAGUGUUCAUAUUUUUC